UUACUGACAGACACUUUCUGUAUUUCGCUGUCUUCUGGAAAUCACCCCUCCGGUGAAAGCCUCAGUGUCUGCGCGUGUGGUACGGACUGUAAUCCAGCCUGGCCGCCCGGUUUUUGGAGAGAAGAAGUUGGCAAAGGGAUGUGACUGCGAUGAUGGCGCUGCAGAUGAAGAACGGGGAUGCAGCGUACUACCAGAGUGCAGAAUUCUGCAGAAAUUACACUUCACCGCCUGUCAGCUACGGUGACAGCAGCCAUUAUCUUGCCCGAUUGCCAGGCCCAGAGAUCAUGUUGAAGCCUCCACUGAGUCUCUUCAGCCAUCCCCAGCAGCCUUUCCAACAUAUGGACUCUCUGCACCAGCUGAGACCCCCGCCAAUGGCGCCUACGCAGCCUCUCGGCCCACCACCCAUUGCCCCUGCUCAGGCAAUUGGAUCCCCAACUAUGGCUCUUACCCAGACUCUAGGGCCCCCUCCCAUAACUGCUAGUCACACGUUAAGGCCUCCCCCCAUUACCCCACCACACAGUUUAGGCCCCCCUCCAAUGGCCCCAGCUCAGCCACUGGGGCCUCCACCAAUGGCACACACCUUGGGCCCCCCACCUGUAGAUCACACACAAGCAAUAGUGCCUCCAAACAUGGACCUCACACAACCAUUGGGGCCUCCACCUCUAAAUCCUGGACAAGCACUGGUGCCCCCACCAGUAGUUGCGCCCGGAGCUGGCCGAUUUCCCCUCCCUCCCAGCCCACUGUCCUCCCCUCCUACCCCGGGCCCAGACCCUUCACAGCUGCCCCCAAGGCCCCCAGGACUGGCCCUCAUCCCGGCCCCGGUGUCCUGCCUCAUCCAUGGUCCUCUCCUGGGUCAGGCAGCCCCUGCCAGUGAGCAACCCCAGGAUGAGGGCUCUCUUCUGGGGAUGGAGGAGCAGGAAGACUCUCUGGGGCUGGGAGAACUGUGUAAACCGCUGUACUGUAAACUCUGCAACGUUACCCUCAACUCUGCUCAGCAGGCACAGGCUCACUACCAGGGGAAGAACCACAGUAAAAAGUUAAGAAAUUUCUACGCUGGCAGUCAACAGCCUCCAGCCAUCAGGAUCCCAGAAGCCCUCGAGACGACUGGCCAGACAGCCCUCAGCUCAGGAUCCAACGACAGUGACGCAGGCAGGCAGGCAUUGUACAAAGGGGCGACCCGGGUCAUCUUGGCCACAGAGAAUGACUAUUGUAAGCUGUGUGACGCCUCCUUCAGUUCACCGGCAGUGGCACAGGCCCACUACCAGGGCAAGAACCACGCCAAGAAACUACGGCUCGCUGAGGCCCAACAGAACUCCAUUAACAUGGAAGGCAGCAACGAGGUAGCCCCAAGAAGAAACAGGAAAGAUGGCAGUGAGUACAGACUGGUGAAAAAUCGCCGUAGCCCACAGUUACCCACUUCCAUGCCAGGGCCGUACUACAACCCCAGGCCGAGGCAGCGCAUCCCAAGGGACUUGGCCAUGUGUGUGACUCCCAGCGGACAGUUCUACUGCUCCAUGUGCAACUGCGGCGCCGAGCAGGAGACAGACUUCAGGCAGCAUCUGGAGAGCAAGCAGCACAAAGCAAAAGUGUCGGAGUUAAGAUACCGCCACGAGAUGGAGAACCUCGGCUACAGCUAAGAGACACAAGAGGGCGGGGGGCGGGAGAUAAGACAAAGACUAGAGUGGGACAGAAUAUGUGGAGAGGCAGCACUGCACAACACGGCACAAGGGCAGCAAAGCAAAUACUGCCUCAUGUUUGAGGGGUAUUUUUAGUGAAGGGAUUAGCCGUUUUGGCCUCAAGAUCUUGUUGCAAUUUAUUUGCUAGAUGAAUCAAACACUUAAACCUCUUAUUUGACAUAAGGCUCUAUCAUAUUAAGCGAUAAUUGGAUUUGAUGGAUUUAUUUGGUCUGGGUAUUACACUUAAAAUUUAGCAUAUACAGUAUAUUGGAGCAUGCUGCAACAUAUAUGCAGAGAACAGGAACCGUAUGUUUGAGAAAAUGGUGGAUUAAAAAUUUGUAGACUGAAUCUGAUCAUAUUUUUUGACCCACCAUCUUUUGUCAUACUGUUUCUGGUCAACUUUCCUACAAGGCUUUAAGUGGGGUUUCAUUCUGACUCAGGAUACAGGUAAAUGCAAAUGAAUUGCAAGCACAUUUUGAGUAUGUUUAGGCUACAUGGAGAGGCCGAGUGAUGCACAGACUGCCAACAUGGCAUGAGAGGAGGCUCAGGGACAAUUGGAAAGAAAAGUACAACAUGUAGAGGGUUAAAGCAUUAAGAGAGUAUACAAAAUGUGGGAAAUAGAGAAACUUGUUGAUAGAAAUAAAAUGAAGGAGACAAGCAAAGAUGUAAACACUUGAGGUCAGAACAAGUCUCAUCCUUUGGAAAACCGAGGACAGAGUUUUAGUUUGAGUCUUGUUUUUUAUUCAUGUGUUUAAAUCAGUAGGACCUACAGCAGGAAUGUCAGGGCCACUUAGUGACCACAGAGCCACAUGAGGCACAAAGGAGCAUACUGAAAUUUUUAUGACCUAAUACAGGUAAUAAAAUCCAAAGCACUACUCGCUAAUUUAAAAAAAAAAGCAAAGCACAACAAACAACAUCAUCUGGUAGAAAAAGUGUUACAUAAAUCUGUUCAGCCUAAGCCAACCUCUUAGUGGUGCUGUGGUGUGUAUCAGGCUGAAGGCUACACCUAGGCUAGCCUUGUUUGUGCCUUUAGUGAGAAGCAGGCUAAAGAGUAGGUUUUGGCUAGCCAUUUUGGAAACAUAGUGGAAACCAAUCUACAGUAUUCAUUUGGGUUUUUCUAUAUCCUGAAAUAUCUCUCCUUGUAUUAAAUCCACACAAAUAUUACGUAAAUAUUCUCAAAAUGACAUUAUAGAUGUAAAUAUAGUACAACAUACACAAAUCUAUUGAUUAUUUGGUUAUUGUUAUCCUAGCAUAUAUCAUAAAUACUCAUAAUCUAUCUAAUAAUUAUCAGGAAUCUUGUACAUGUGCACUGACUGAACGUCUUCACUACUGUAUGUUUGUGUGGGUUUUACUAUUGGCCCUCCAUACCACUUUGAGUGAUGCCCUUGCUCAUCGCUAAAGUAUCUCUGGUACCAUCUGUCAGUAGUUAAAAGCUGCUAGUCUCAAAACUUUGACUGUGCUCGAGGACCACAUACCAGGAGAGGCUGUCUCUGAGGAUGAAACUUGUCUUGACAAUAUAGCCAAACCGGCACUAUGGGGAAGAAAUGUGCAAACACCUUGGAAACUCAUGGUGAUGCAGCUGAAAGCAUUUAUCACCUUCUAAUUAGUUUGCAAAUUGCAAAUGAACGUGUGGAGAGCUCAUGGGCAUUUCUGGUCGUGUGCAGAGCUCCCGGGUGUUUCUGGCUGUAAGACAUAUCAUUUAAUUCUCCCAAUCAAUCUUGAUCCCUAGAGGGGAUAUAACCAGGCUGUACUGCAGUGUGAAGGGGCUGCAGAGGAGUGACAGAUUUUUAUUUGUACCCUGAAUGACCCUGGCCCGGCUGUUUUAAGUGUUUAGUCCAUCCUGAAAUCAGUUAUGUAAUUGGAAUCAAAUAAGAUUUUCUGUUUCUAUUUAUUUGAUUUUCUGUUUUAGUUCAGUGUUGCUGAGCUGAACACAAGUGUAGUCACAAGUGCAGGUCACAAGGCAUGUGGAGUUAUACAGUCAUACUUGUCAUAUAAAUGACUGAAGGUGUGUACUGUGCCUUUAAUGUUGGGCAUGAUCUCCAUUGGAUUCAGAGAUGACAGUGACAGGGUCAAAAGAUCUACAUUUAUUUUGUUGGAAACACAAAACUGUUGUCUUUUAAAUAGUUAUUUACAGAUUGUUGAUUCUUCAAUCCUUUAAUAUUUAUGCCUCAAACUAUCAUUAUAUGUAGCAGUUAAGUUAGGAUUUUUCAUCUAGAAUUUCAGAUGUCAACAUGUUUCACCUAUAUACAAAAAUAGAGUAGAUUUGUGGUUCAAAGAGGAGGAAAAUCCUUCCUGUUUCACUUCACAUUUUCUUUUCCAACUUUUCCUGCAGAACAGCCAUGCACACACAAACACACACACACAUACACAUGAUUUAAUCAGUCAAAUUGAUCAGGUCACGUAAUUAAAUGUGUUAUAAAGUGAAAUAAAAGCAGCAUCCUGGCUUUCUCUCUGGUUGGCUUGGUUAGCUGUGGGGAGAGGCAGCUGUUCACAUCACACAUUUGUCUCUUCUAGAGCACAAACGUACACCUGAUCACCCACUAGGACACCCAGGAGAAAAGCACUGUAAGGACAAAGUACUGUGGUGUAUAGGGAUUUAAACGUGUGAGAGCGGUGCAGCCAGAAAGGGAGAGGCAAACAGAGCAUAGAAAAUAAAAUGCUGGGGUGUUUCAGUAGCCCACUGUGCUGAAUGGUUUAAUCAAAAGGAACAAAGAUGCGCUGAUGAAAGCAGAGCUGUAACCAAAGCUGUGGGUGAGACACAGCUAGUCAAGGAGUUCUUCACAUUAGACAGAGUUGCAGUCUGUUAAUAGCACUCCUCCUCCUCCUCCUCCUAUAAAUAACACUCUUUGUAUUACAUGAAAGCAUCGGUAGCAUUACCUUUUAUUAUGUUGACAGGCUCCUGGAUUCAAAUUAAGAAUCCCACUCUAAAGAAGCUGCUGAAUACUUUCAGCAAAUGCAUGAAAUAAUUAACAGCAAAGGAAUGAAGGAAGUGAGGAGAUUGUAGAAAACUGUCAGACUCAGCCAGCAUUAUCUAAAGAGCCUUUAAGAUAAGACAGUAGCCUCGAAACCUUUUCAUGUAUUUGGACUCUCAAGUGGUUUCCAAACUUUUUUGCUUGGGAACCCUUAAAACGUGGCAAUAUCUUCUUGAGAGGCCGCUGGUCAUGGCCUUAGUGUGGGCAACCAAAGACUGAGCUUUCCUUGUCAGAUGUUUCUUUAAACAAGAACCAAGAAAAGGCCCCAAAAGUCCCAGGUUCACUGCAUGUUGAUUGGAUUUUGGAUCUAUUAGUGACUUUGCACAGCUGAAGUACAUAAACUGAGGUUAGUGUUGCAUUAUUAGCUAAUGUUACAGCCAUGUCUUGUUGAGGAACCCUGUGUCAAAAACUAGUUUUAAGACCUUUAUUUCUUAGUUUCUAUUGUGCUCACGUUUAUUAUACACACAUAUAUUACUGUGUGAACUUUUGUUUAAUCAAAUGAACCAACGGUGAAAAUAUGGGGCCAGGUGUUUGUUUAGUUUUUUUCCACUUUAAGAUGAUUUAUUUGGCAGACAACAGUGAGAAACAAGGGGAGGGAGUAGGGUAUGACAAAAACCAUGUAAUGGCAAAAGAAAUUUUUGCCCUGGGGCCCCUUAACAGGUUAAGAAUUUGUGUCCAGUAUUUCCAAAUAAUAAAAAAAAAACAUUACAUGGUUUUUGAGUCUAUACUUUUCCUUUUUAUACCCUGGACCAUCUUGUGACCCCUCACACUUAUCUUUGGACCCCAGGGUGGAAACCACUGUUCUAAACCAUAAAGACAUUUUCUUCUGACUUCUUGUGACAAUAUUACGAUCAUCACAGCAGUGGCUCUAGAUUGGUUUCGUUUUUGGAAACACAUAAAAGGACACUAGUCCUCCACUGUAUGAGUCAGGACAGUGAAGGAGGCCACAAAAGGACUUACACAAGAUUACAUUUACACAAGUAUUUAUGACAAUUAACAUUUCACCUAAAGCCUCCUUGUUCAUUUAAAAGAGUUUCAAAGGGAACAACUCCAAAAGUGUCACUGAAAUGUUGUUUUUUUUUAAUUGAUUAGAGACUAUUUCAAAACCAGUUGACUCUAAUUGAAAAUAAAUGGCAUAGCCUGAAAUAAGCAGUAAACGCAAUUUGUAGUUAAUGGGCUAAAACAUAUUAAACCACCGGUAAACUGCUUCUUUAAUACAGGACUAUUUUUGGAUGGAUAUUGUUGCAGUGAAACACCAUUCUGCAUCUAAGGAUAUUCAUUGGUUGCACAAAUCUUUUAAACAGUCGAAAGCCAACAAAAUCAACAAACCACUGUGGUAAAUUACAUAUGGCCAUUAACUGUUAACAGGUUUAAUAUUUAGGCAAUCGGCACUUUUAUUUGCUAUGUGUUCAUUGAAAUUUACAAGACUGCAUUAGUGCUUAUAUAAGGACAGUUUAGUUGUUGUUUGGUCUGGUAAUAUGUUGAAAUUGUUCAAAUACCUGGGGUACUGUUUCUGUUUGUUUUGUUCUAACUGUGUUUAAUUGUUAGAGACUAUAAUGGUUGGCAACUAUAAUAUACUGAUAAUUUUUAGUUUCUGUUAUUAACCAAUGCUGUUACCUGAAUGCUGAUUGUGUUUCAUCACCAUAAGUUGAACUUCAGUGCUUCGUUGUAAAUGACAAAGAAGUGUUACAUAUUGCACUGUAUAAAUUGUAUCUGGUUUAUUUUGUGCAUGAGUAAAGUCAUAUUUAAUAACUGAUGAGUGAGAAAAAAUAUGGCAGUGAGGAUGUUUUUCUGAGAUUUAUAUAACUGGUUUGUUGGAAAUGUCUAUAUGCUGUGCUAAAUCUACAAACGGGCAUUGGAAAGAAUCAUGAUUUUGCACUGAAUAUAAAAAGACACUCGUGUUUAUAAAGAAACAUAUGUUACCAUAUAUUGUUUAGAUCAAGUGAAGACUUUGCUAUCAUUGUCAUUAUUUGCAUCUAAAUAUUUUUUAUCCUAAUGUUUACAAGGUGAGAAGCUGAAACUGUUCUGGAUGUUUAUCAUAUUUGUAAUUAUGUGUGUUUAUCCAUGUGUUGCACAGUUGGACUAAUAUGACCAGGGUAUAUGGGCAACACUGAGAGGUUAAGUAAAAUACAAAUUAACACAAAAUAUUACAUCAAAAGAUGCUUAUACAUUACUUCACCACUGGUCUGAUGAUGGACCUGUUUUAUAAUUAUUACAGCAAGCCUGUAGAAUUUCUUUGCCUAAAAAAUGGGCAUCUGGCACAAACUUAAAAACAUAAACACACAGUGGCUCUUUGAAAUUAAAAUGAUAAAGAAUAACUAGAAAGUUUUUUUACUUAGGUGCCUAAAUCAGUUGCCUGGAGGAAGUUGAAUCCAAAUUAUUGGGUCAUCAUUUUUCUGUGUAUCUGAAAGGCUUUCUUCAGUACAAAUGGUAUUGAAUAACCAUGCUCACAAAAAACGCAGGUCCGUCCACUGUUAAAAUGAGGGCAUGUAAGAGUCCUUGGAUACAAUUAUAUCCCCACAACAAUUAGAACUAAAGAAGUUCUUAAGAUAAACAGUGAAGUGUCUUUAAUCAAAACUUUUGUCCAGUGAUUUUGACCUUCACAUAAUAAUGCAAUUGGUUGUUUUAUAGCAGGAUGUUCAAAGUAGCAUUUGUUAAAUGCUGUUUCAGAUUUGGGGAAAUCUCUUGUCUGUGCAUUAUGCAAGUGUGGAUGAAGAGCCAGCAGGUGAUUAUCUUAGCUUAGCAUUAAGACUGGACAUAUGGGGAAACAGCUAACCUACCAGUUCUUCUAAAGCCCACUUAUUAACACAUAUUUUGUGUGUUUGUGAUUUUAUCAGUGUUCUUUGUGGUUUUAGGAGUUCUGUAGUGCAACUAUUUCUUGCCAACCAUUUAUCUAUCCAUCCAGCGUUGGUAAAAACAAAAAGAGUUGACUGCGCUGGUUCCUUAUUGGCCUUAGGAUAGCUGUGAUAAGCUUUCAGCAAAAAGCUUCAGGAAAAGCAAAGUAUGUGAACUUUAGAAUUUAUUUCACAGAAAUAUGCUUCCUAUUAAACAAAUACAAAUGUGUUAAAGAUGAGAAGAUGCUGGUAGCCAGACUUUUUUUCUCUUCAGAGAGAUCUACACCAGCUGUUACGCCCUACUUCCAGUCUUUAUGGUAAACUAAGCUCAUCACCUCUUGGCUACACCUCCUUACUUAGCACACAGACACGGUGUCUCAUCUAACUCUCGGUCAGAAAGAGAAUAGGCAUAUUUCCCUAAUGUCAGACUAUCCUUUUAAAACUGUCUGUUUUGCCUGUAUAUAAUGUAUUGUGCCUGUCCAUUUAAGCUGUAUUGAUUUCUAAUGUUGUUACUCAAGAAAAGGUGACGCUUGCCUCACGUAAAAGCCCAUGUAUCCUGGUCUAAAGACUGAGUCAGUCUUGUACACUGAUAGAAUUCAGGACCCCUCACCUUCAUCGACUGUCAGGGGCCCCAAACCUCCUAGCAGCGCCCCUGCAGGACAGUAUAUACUCCCUCCCUAUGUACUCUUUGUGAAAACCUCAGCACACUUUCAGUGCCUCUGAACAACGUUGCCAAUAUACCACUGACUGACUGAAUGGAUGCCUGGACGACUGAUAUACUGAAUUCUGAGGCUGUAUGUGUGUGUGUGCGUGUGUGUGUAUUUUCUGACGAAUAAACGUGCAGCUGAUAUAAUAACCGA